AUGGCAUCAAUUUUAACAUUAAGCUUAACAAUUGGUGGCAUUAUAUUUGCUCCAACUGCGGUUGUUUAUUUUGUGCGAGCAAUUGGAUUUGGAUCAAGUGGCAUUUUAGCAAGAUCCUUUGCGGCACAAAUGAUGUCUUAUUUAUAUGGUGGUGCUACUGCCACAGGUAGCAUAGUUUCAAUAUUACAGUCAGUCGGUGCGGCCGGACACAGUUUCGGAUCAAUGAUUGCAUGGAGACUUGCAGUUGCAUUUAUUAUAAAUACGUGGCAUGUGAUGACCUACCUUGCAUUCGUUUACCAACUUGUAACUGCUUAUAUUAGUGGUCUAUAA